AUGAGCGCCAUUUUUGGGUCUCAAGCCCGUGACGAGGCGCAACAGCUUAUAGAGAAGAUCGCCGUUGGCCAUGGCUACAUCGAGACGGCAAAGUUGGAUGCGAUGCCGGCCGAUAUACGACGUGUAGUAGAGGAAGCUCUGAAGAGCAAUUCUAAAUCUCAUGCCGCUGCUACAGAGCUUGUAGAGAGGCUAGCUGCGGGGAGCAUCAAUGUCGCGUUCGAGCUGCUCCAGAAUGCAGACGACAAUCAAUAUACCCGCGCAAAGGCCGCAUGCGCGAAUCCAGGUGUCCAGUUCAUCGUGACUCCAGAUCUGGUAGUUAUCGGCAGCAAUGAGGACGGGUUUACAGAAGGCAACGUCAAAGCUCUUUGCGACUUCGACAAGUCUACCAAGGCCGGCGCGUCUGGCUACGUCGGACAGCCAAAGGUGGGCUUUAAGUCUGUAUUCACUAUCGCUUCCAAGGUUCAAAUAGAAUCUGGCCCAUACUCAUUUUAUCUUCAACAUGAGGACGGGGAUCCUGGUAUCGGAAUGGUUAGACCUCACUGGACCGAGCCGCCUGUUCUUCCCGACCAUGUGAAGGACCGUGAAGCAUAUGGCGGUCUCUUUGGAAACCGGACCAGAAUCAUCUUGUUAUUAAAGGAGCAGAACAGAGAUAAUCUGCGGAAUAGCUUUAUCAACCAGCUCUGGGACACGCCUGACAGUGUGUUACUCUUCAUGAAGAACCUACGGUCGCUGAAAAUCACGGUACUUGGUGAGGACAACAAAGUUCAGCGUUCGAAAGAUGUACUCCUGGAUAGAGACUUAUUCGGCCCUCAAAGUCGAAUUUCAACGACGAAGGAGCUCGGCCCAGCGAAGCUCAAGAUAUGGAAUCGCUAUCUCGUCUAUAGAUCAACAGCAACAGGGUUGCCUGCCAACCCGAACCGGAGACCUGCCUCGGAAUCGUCAGCAGAUACUACCAGCGCAGAAGUUGUACUAGCGUUCCCCGUUGAUGAGAAAGGCGAGCCAAUUAUUGAGAAUCAAAAACUAUUUGCCUUCAUGCCGGUUUCUGAGACCGGAUUGAGCUUUCUUAUCCACUCUGACUUUGUCACCGAUUCCACGGGGCAAAACCUUCUUACCUCUUCAGACAGGAACCUUCGUAUCAAAGAGGCAGUUGAGGAUGCGGUCGUAAAGACGGUCCAGGGCCUCUGUACAAGGCCUGGCACAGAACACAAAUGGAUGCGUUUUCUUCCCCACGUCGGUCGAAAGAGUAUAGACCCAUUCUGGAUCCUGUUGGAUAAUACUUUACUGUACAAACUCUCCGAAAUACCACUUUUGCGCCCAAGAAGCCAGAAGUUUGGUAGUCUCUCAAAGAUAGCCGAUCUCAAGCGCCUUUCUGCGGAUGAACUGGACCAACAUGGCGCGCCGCUUUUGCCUGAUUUGGAACAAGAGUUGUACCUGUCUUCGGGAUACGAAUCGCUGGAUCUCGAUAUUCUCAGUCAGUAUGGAUUAACCUAUAUGUCGAACGUGGAAGUCGUGAGAAGGCUAGGAGCUUUCACCAAGACCGAUGAUUGGAGGACGAGAACCUUUGAGAAUCGAGAUGAAGAUUGGCAUGCUAGACUGGCGCGUCUUGUCCUCAAGAUGCGGAAUGGCAUGCUAUCCAACGGCAAGAAGGCCAUUCGCUUCUUGGAUCUCAUUCCACUUGCUUCAGGAGACUUGAAGAGUGCCACCAAGGGCGGAAAGAACGAAGAAUUUUACGACAACAUGAUCGAAGGCAUCUCCAUCCCCGGAGAUCUGGACUUCCCAAUGCUUCUGCCCGCCGCCACAGCGAAUGCGGAUUGUCGGAAGCUUUAUGAAAUUCUUGGACCAAAGACUCUUGCUGUUCAACAAGUCCGAGAAAAGAUCAUAAACAUUUAUAAAGAUCCUGCCCAAGUGGCGAAGCUCGACCUGGCUAAGUCAAGAAAUCAUCUUGUGUUUCUUUAUCGGAUCGAGCCAAAAGACUUCAUCAAUAAAGAGGAACAAGAAGUCAUGGUUGUUUUUGACCACAAACUACGCAUCAAGCGUCCAAAACAUGAGUACGUCUAUCUUCCUGGCGAAGGACCAGUGGCCCCAGGGAAAGUCCUCAAUCCUCCAUUCCCAGAGGGACUCGAGCCACCAGAUGUGUCCCUUCUACACCCAGCCUAUCUUGAAGAUCCGCCGACCCCAUCAGCUGGCAAUGAGAAAUCAUGGACUCAAUGGCUAUAUCACAUUAUCUACUGCGAAGAAAAGAUCCAAUUGUUCUCUGUUCGAGAUCCGCCAGCAGAAGCUGACAAGACUUACUCACCAGAGUAUAAAUUCCUCGUCAAAGCCUACCCAGGACUCACACUUCAUAGACUCAUGCUAAACUUUCAAAAACCAGAAGUUAAGAAGCAGUGGAUCGAUGAUAAGAAGGGUACUGCUCUUAUGCGAAGAAUGGAGUUUCUCUGCACGGAUGGUGUAAGACAUCCUUUGGAGGAGACUAUACUUCCGCUGCCAAAGCUGCUAGAUAGCUGUGAGAAAAGCUUUGCAUCAGUGGAUAGCAUGCCGUUUCUUAAGCUUGAUGAGCCUGUGAAAGACGAUGAUAUUCCGGCAUGGCUCGACUUGGCAGAGCAUUGUGGCAUCGGGACUAAAGACGACACCAAAUUCACUCUGGCGAUACUAAGCUCUAUUUCCAAGACCACCAAGGAGAUUACAAGCGAUGUUUCAAAGGCUGUGACUGGUUUAAAAUCCAUUACCGACAACAAAUGCAUCCUCUGCACACCGCUCGCAUCCUCGGAUGUAAAGAAACCUGCUCGCUGGGUUAACCAGCCCGCAUGCCUAUGGAAUGCACCUCAGGGCAUCCAAGUCUAUAACCCUCUGCGGUCAUUCUGGUCCUCUGUACUCGAACAAAUGGACACUGGAGAUCGCGAGAAGCUGGAGCACUUCUUUAGCAACACACUUGCCAUUCGAGACAUAACCCAACAUGACGUUGUCAGUGAGCUUGGUUCCCUAUCUCGGUCGCUGGAUCAAAACAAGGAUUACUCGAUGGUAGUGAAGGAGCUUUAUAAGAUUCUGCAGACGCAGACGGACAACCUCAAUGAGAUCAACGUACUCAUCAUUAAGCAAGCCUUUCGAGAUUCCCCUCUCAUUUAUGUCCCUCAUCAAGUGAGUAGGAAGUGGUGCAAACUCUCAGAGUGUAUAUGGUCUAGCGAAGGUGCCAGUCAGGAUGAAAUCAGUCUGGAGCCACUCUACGCAGACCUUUCAACUCUCUUCCUAUCUUUCCUCGAUGUUCCCAAGAUAAGUGCUUCGCUCGUCUAUCAGCAUAUUCUGAACAUCGGGAACACUAUCCAGCCUAUUUCAGAAAUCAAGAAACUCAUCUGGUCCCUGCUCGAUAGUUUGACUACCAACCGGGGACCAUCAAGUGUCUAUGCGGACAAGAUAAGGGCAUGCCGAGUCUUCCCUGUAGAGGGGCUGUAUGGUGAAGUCCAAUCCGCAUCCGCUUUGGGAAGUUUCUACAUAAAUGACCGACCUAUAUACGCGGCUGUAAUGAAGGGAAAGGCUAACAUUCUCGACUUUUCUGUCGAGGAAGUGCAUCGCCUUAAGCCUGUUAUCGAGUGGCUGGGCCUGACUGAUCGCUACCUCUCCAAGUCGGUUACAGUAACAGAGAAGACAUCUGUUGACGAAUCACAAGGAGUGGAGGAUAAGGUUUUCACACGGAAUAUCGCUGAAAAAGCCGAUGCACUUGCCAUGUUCGUCAAACCACUUACUCUUUCAGACCCUGUGCAAGCUAAUAAAACAAACAGGAUUGCUGCUCACUUCAGAAAUGGCCAACAUACGGUACGGAGCUACAACCUGCAGGACACGAUACGCAAGGUACAAGUGUUCCGCCAUCCAGACAUCAAGACCAGUAUAACUUGGUAUCAUGGAUUCAGUCCUAGUACAGCACCGCUGCCGAGGAGUGGGAUGCACUUCCAUCUGGCUCUAUUCUCCAAAUGGAAGUACUACAUUCCGCAAGACGACCAAGACGCCGAUUUCUGCAUGGUCACUGAGUUUCCGCGGAUGCUCACCGCUCAGCUCCUAGAGUGUACAGUGCGUGAUGUCAACUCUGAGGCCGUUAUGAUUGUCGCCAGUGUCCUUCGAGCUAAGCGCUCCAACGUUGGACGUAUCCUCCAGCAUUACGGGAUAUCUGAGGCGAGUGCAUUACCAGAGUAUACACCGGAACCACCACGUACACCUGAGAGGCGACGAGACAACGCUGCUCCCUCACCUUCUCCAUCACCGCAUUCAGUUAUCAGAUCCCCUGUCCCCGCUGUAAGCGCAGCUCAGGUAAUCCGCGACGCCACCACUCCAUACCAGGCCUUGCUUGUUCAAACUGUCAAUGUUGCGCGCAUCUCAAUGUUUCCUCACAAGAAUUCAGUCUUUGAUAUGACUGCAAUCUCACAAAGCCUUGCGGAGAGUACAGCUCGAUCUGGGCUGUUCAGGUUCUAUGUCGGAGACCAGACAGAAUGGCAGCGGAUGGUCGGUGCCGCUGGUGAGCUAUAUGUCUUUGAGUUGCUUUCAACCCUACCCCAUGCACUGCCUGGAUGGUCUCGAGAUAACUGGCAAAGUACUGUCAGACACCAUGCCAGCAUACACCCUGACUACACCUCCCUUGGUAGCUGGUACGGGACAGAGCAAGGGGACCUCUUCUUUGAUGAUGUGACAGGAACAUUCACCAGCUACUUGAUUGAAAAAGGCUAUCUUGAGGAGAGCUGGAGAAAGGAGCGACCGGAGUACUAUAUCGAAGUUAAGACCACAACAUCGGCACGUCUCGACACGCCGUUCUACAUGAGUAAACAUCAGUACGCACGGAUGCAGUCAUUUGGCAAAAGCUUGAAUACUGAUACACAACGCCGGAAAGUCUAUAUCCUUUUCCGGGUACACGGCUUAGAGUCAGGCCAAGUUGGUUUGAGGGUUUUCCUCGAUCUGGAGGCUUUGCGCAAGAGUGGAGAUUUAGUAUUCGAGGCUCAGAGUUGGACAGUCACCCCGAGAGCAUAA